CAAGGGCUUCUAACUUUUGAUCCAUUUUCUCCUGAAUUUCUUUAAGUAUGUCCUUCAUGUGUUCCUGUACCAGCAUCAUGACCAGUGAUUUUAAAUCCAGAUCUUGUUUUACUGGUGUGAUGGGGUAUCCAGGACAUGUUGGUAGAGGAGAAUUGGGUUCAGAUGUUGCCAUAUUGCCUUGAUUUCUGUUAGUGACGUUCCUCCGUUUGCCUUUUGCCAUCUAGUUCUCACUGGUGUUAGUUUGUCUUGUCAGUGCUGGACUCACCAGUGUAAGCUGCCCCUUCCCAGUUGGCCUCUGGUGCACAGCUUACCUCCUGCACUGCUUGUAGACAGGGUGCUGCUGCCCAGGCUGUUCAGAUCCCAAAGCAGGCCCCCGAAGGCUCCCGCUGGGGCCCGCUGGAUUCACUGGAGCACACUGACUUCUCCCAGCUGGCUUCCCGGAAGCCCAGCUAGCCACUUGCAGGACUUGGGGAUGUGGUGCUGCCGCCCAGGCUGAUCUGGAUCCGGAAGCGGAGGGAGUAGGGCUGAGGGCUUCCGCCUGAGGCCUUGCCCCAGAUUGUGUCUGUGGACCAGAUGGAGCCUGUGUGCACCCCCAGGGAGUGCCGAUGGUGUAUGCUGCUGUGAUCUCCCCUGUGUUCCGCUCACUCCGCUGGGCAGCCGAUCCGCCAACCGGGCUGUCGCAUACAAGGUUAGCCUGGCCACCCAGUCCCUGAGUCCAGGCAAAAGCCUGGGAGGCCAAGGUCCGAGCAAAGUUCCCCUAGGGCUAUGACUGUUAAUUGGGUCUGCCAGGUGACUAGGAUGGCGGGCGUGCGUGCCCGCGCUCCCUGAAAGCGCCGGGAGAGUCUGCUGUGCUAACAAUCCCCUGGGCUGGUUGACUCACAGAUGGCCCACCAAGCCGCCCAGUCCUUGGGGUCAGUCCUGUGCCUUUUGGGGCCUAGACCCUCGCUUUGUUAGCCUCAGGCUAUGCCUGUUACAGGUCUGCCCGCCAGAGCUCUCUGUCGUCCUGCAGGCAAAAUGGCGGCGGCGCGCGCGCAGGCCUGGCCAAAAAAAAAAAAACCCCCUGGCUGGGUUGGCACCCCGAUGGCCCCCCGACCCGCCCAGGGCCUGGGUGCAGGCCAACGCCCGUCGGGCUCAGACCACCGCGGUGUUGGCCUCGGAUUAUGUUUGUGUACCUCAGUCUGUCCGAUCCCCGGAGUUCGGAACCAAGAUGGAUGCACCUCUCCUGACUGGUGGGAGGCCGAGUUCUGAAGUGGCCUCCGUGCAGGAAAGGCGCAGCACAACUGCAGCUGCUUGCCACCCGGCUGGUCAGCGAAGAUUCAGUGCAUCUGGUUUUAUGUGGAGGUCCUUGAUCCACUUGGUCUUGAGCUUUGAGUAAGGAGAGAAGAAUGGAUCCGUUUUCAUUCCUCUACAAGUUGACUGCCAGUUGAACCAGCUCCAUUGGCUGAAAAUGCUGUAUUUUUUUCUACUGGAUGGUUUUAGCUCCUUUGUCAAAGAUCAAGUGACCAUAGAAUGCAGUGACCUAUGAGGAUGUGCGUGUAAAUUUUUCUCGGGAAGAAUGGGCUUUGCUGGAUCCCUCCCAGAAGAGUCUCUAUGAAGAUGUGAUGCAGGAGACCUACAGCAACCUCACUGCUAUACGCUAUUAUUGGGAAGACUACAAUGAUGAAGAACAUUCUCAAAAUUCUAGAAGACAUGGAAGGCAUCUGCAAUGGGAAGAAAUCAUUUACCCUGGAGAGAAAAACCAUGAAUUUGUGGAACAUAAUGAGGUGUUUUCAAGUCACAGUCAUCCUCAGAUACAUAAAAGAAUUCUUACUGGCGCCUUUGUAUAUUGGAGUUAUAAAAGAACACAUCCUGUAGAGAAACCCUGUGAAUAUGAUCACUGUGGUAAAGCCUUUGCCCAUAACAGCCAUCUUCAAAAACAUAAAAGAACACAUAAUGGAGAGAAACCCUAUGAAUGUAACCAAUGUGGUAAAGCCUUUGCAUGUCACAGUUAUCUUAAAAACCAUAAAAGGACACAUACUGGAGAGAAACCCUAUGAAUGUAACCAAUGUGGUAAAGCCUUUGCAUGUCACCGCUAUCUUAAAAACCAUAAAAGAACACAUACUGGAGAGAAACCCUAUGAAUGUAACCAAUGUGGUAAAGCCUUUGCAUGUCACAGCUAUCUUAAAAACCAUAAAAGGACACAUAAUGGAGAGAAAUCCCAUGAAUGUAACCAAUGUGGCAAAGCCUUUGCAUAUAACAGCUAUCUUCAAAGACAUAUAUCGACACAUACUGGAGAGAAGCCCUAUGAAUGUAACGAAUGUGGUAAAGGCUUUGCAAGUCACAGUGAUUUUCAAAACCAUAAAAGGACACAUACUGGAAAGAAACCCUAUGAAUGUAAGCAAUGUGGUAAAGCCUUUGCUCUUCAGAGUAAACUUCAUAGACAUAAAAGGACACAUACUGGAGAGAAACCCUAUGAAUGUAACCAAUGUGGUAAAGCCUUUGCAUGUUACCUCUAUCUUCAAAACCAUAAAAGGACACAUACUGGAGAGAAGUCCCAUGAAUGUAACCAAUGUGGCAAAGCAUUUGUAUAUAAUAGCUAUCUUCAAAGACAUAAGUGGAUACAUACUGUCGAGAAACUCUAUGCAUGUAACCAAUGUGGUAAAGCCUUUGCUCUUCACAGUCAUCUUCAAAGCCAUAAAUGGACACAUACUGGAGAAAAACCCUAUGAGUGUAACCAAUGUGGUAAAGGCUUUGUACAGAACAGCCAUCUUCAAAACCAUAAAAAGACACAUACUGGAGAGAAAGCCUAUGAAUGUAACCAGUCUGGUAAAGACUUUGUUUGGAACAGCCAUCUUCAAAACCAUAAAAAGACACAUACUGGAGAAAAACCCUAUGAAUGUAACCAAUGUGGUAACAGCUGUGCUUGUCACAAAUGUCUUCAAAACCAUAAAAGGACACAUAGUGGAAAGAAACCCUAUGAGUGUAACCAAUGUGGUAAAGCCUUUGCAUGUCACAGCAAACUUUAUAGACAUAAAAGAACACAUACUGGUGAGAAACCCUAUGAAUGUAACCAAUGUGGUAAACGCUUUGUACAGAAUAGCCAUCUUCAAAACCAUAAAAAAACACAUACUGGAGAGAGACCCUAUGAAUGUAACCAAUGUAGUAAAGCCUUUUCAAGUCACAGCAAUCUUAAAAAACAUAAAAGGACACAUACUGGAGAAAAACCCUAUGAAUGUAACCAAUGUGGUAAACGCUUUGUACAGAACAUCCAUCUUCAAAAACAUAAAAGGACACAUACUGGAGAGACACCUUAGGCAUGUAACCACUGUGAUAAAGUCUUUGCACUAAAUGGUACAUUUCAGAGACAUGAUUGAACACAUACUGGAGGGAAUCCCAGUACAGUAAUGCAUUUACACAUAGUAAUAAUCUUAAGUGUUAUAGAAGAAGACAUAGUGUAGAGAAACCUUUAGCAAGAUCACCAAUGCUGGGAAGACUUUGCAUACUACUGUAAUCUUCAAAGGCAUAAAAAUCACAUACUCUAGAAAACACUAUGAAUAUGACUAAUAUGGUAAAUCUUUGAGAUGUACAGUAGUAUCCAAAGGCAUAAAUUUGCGUGAACUUCUAUGAAUGCAAUCAACUUGAUUAAACCUUCGCAUAUUAGAGGCACCUACUAAUGCAUGAAAGGAAUCAAACUGGAGGAUAUGGUUGUGUGUGUGUGUAUGUGUGUGUGUGUUUGUGUGUGCACGCACACAUGUGUCUGUGUUUCUUUUGGCUAAUCUUGCCAUGCUUUUCCUCCUACUAAAUUACCUUGCCUAGGUUUGAUAUGAGGAUUUGUUCCCAUUUUUAUUGUGCCUUGUUCAGUUGAUAUCCAAAAGAGGCAUGCUAUUUUUUGAAGGUGAUAGGAAAGGACUGGAUCUUGGAGCCAUGUAGCGUUGGAAAGUCAUGGAGAAGUGUAGGGAAGGGAAAACAACCCAGGAAUAAAACCUUCAGCCUAUAAUGUUUCCUGAUUGCAAAAUGUGCUUGGUCAAUCUGAGCAAUAUUGUGGUGGUAGCCAAAUAUUCAGUGAUUUAAUUGCAGGCACAUAAAAGAAGGAGCUUGUAACUGACACUGACGGGGUGACCAGAAAAUAGAAGCAAGAUAACCCAGAAUCAUACCUUAGAACCAAACAUAACCACCCCCUUUCACAACAGCAGCAACAACAACAAAUCCAUAAUGAUGUUCUGUUCAUAGUUUGGUGACUAUUCCAACUGUCAUUAAAGUCUAAAGACUACUUCAGCAGGGCAUGGAGUAGUAUGAAUGACCCACACCUAAACACAAGGUAUAGAGAAGCCAGGUUUCCAGUCUCUAUUUUUUUUCUUUACCUAUGAUCUAGGUAAACCUCAGAAAAGGACAGAAAAACUUCUGGAAACCAUAGGUGUCAAAGUCACGAGGAGAUCACAGGCAGCAUAAUUCUCUGAGCUGGCUUCCUGGAUUUUCCCGGAUGUUGAAGUACACUCUUGGUGCCUGUAUAGUCCUACUCUAGGUACACUGCAAAUAUGCUACAGUUCCUGGCUGGUAGUUUAUUGUGUGGCGUGUUGAAGAAUACUGAGAGUUGGUGUGAAGGACUGAUGCCCUCCUAUUGGUUGACCUCUCUAAGUCUUGAAACAAGGGUUUGUGCCUGUUCUAGUUUUAUGUAACCCUGUCUUUCAUUAAUGUGUCUGGUAGGCCUACUUUUUCAUGGGGUAGACAUAAGACAGUCAUGCUUGGGAAGAGGUGAGUUGGGGAGGAAUUGGGAGUGCUAGAAUGAGUGAUAGCUCCAGUUGGAUUAGAAUGUAGUAGAUAGGAAUAAAUAAUAAUACAAAAAUGGAAAUAGUAAAAACCUUAGAGAUGAAAUGCUUUAAAUUUUUGAGCAGAUAAAUUUAGAUAUAAGAUAUUUGAGGAUCAUUUGUUUGUCCAGUUACAGGAUUAGCUUCAGUAUGAGAUAAUUUGAAAAUCUAGUAUGUGUGUGUCUUUAGCCUUUAAUUGAUCUGUGAGUCGGCCAAGUGAUUUGUAGGGAAAAAGUGAGGUUUUAGGAUCUUCUUAACCCAAGGAAUCUGAGAUAGUCAUACCAAGUCCACAAGGGAAUAAAGGAAGAGACAAAGAAUACACCAGAGAGAUGUUCAUGAGUUAAGGGUAAAAGUAAAAGUUGAGGAUGAUAUAAGGAAUCUCUGAGACUUGUGAAUGGAUCUUAGAAUGAACAGAGUAGAAGAACAAAAGACCUCCCAUGCAGUGAUAAUUCCCUUAUCCUAGAAGCAUCUCUUGUAACAAGAGAUGAGGAGUACAAGGCUAUAAUACUUAGGCCGAGGUGCUAAUGAAGAUAGAUCAGGUAGCUCUGAGAAUGAUGCAAGGGAAUGUUCACUUUUCCAAGGGGGCAGAAGAAAGAGCUAGAAGUGCAGCACCUAAAAAUAAGUAAAUCAAAAGCCCAUGAAUUAUCUGACAGAAAGAUUUUAGAAAUAUCAGUGCCAUGAUGUCUAGAAACUUUAUUUAGGGCAGCUCCCCAGAAGAAUAAGAGAUUUGUAUGAGAGAAGUGUCACAAGUCACAGAGGAUAAUCAUCUGUAUUCAUGUUAUAUGGGAAGGACUACAAGGGGUCCUGGUACACAUGUGUUGCUUUUGUUAUACUAGUUAGGAAAAUAGGAAGUUCUGAAUUGACACUUAACAUUAGAGGAGGAGACACUAGCAGUCAGAACAGUGAGAGAACUCUAUUAAAAUGAUGGACUGGAAGAAGCUUUUUUGAAAGAAGUGGUUUCCAACACAGGGAGACAAGUUAACUGUCUCAGUUGUCCCUUUGUUCCUGCCUGUAUAGAGUGUAGCAAGAGCCAGAAGCCAGAGAGACUCACUGCCAAAGAAAAA